AUGAUGGAGCCAACAGAUCAUGCCACAGAAGCCGACCCUCUGAAGAGGGAGGUUGAGGGUGGUGGAGCAGCACCACCAGCUCAGACCAAGAAGAAGUUGGGUCUGGCCAAGUUGUCCCACUGGAGGACGGCUGCCUUCUUCCUCUCCCUCUUCCUCUGCCUCAUCCUAGUCUUCGCCUUCUCUUUCAUCAUCCCCUGUCCCGUCCGGCCACAAUACCUCACCUUCUGGAACCGCUCCUUCCCCCAAGCAGGUGAGGAAGAGAUACAGUAACACAUUAUACCUGAGAAGGCAAGUUAAGAAGUGUGUUAACGCUUGUGUUUUUUCCACUAUGGGCCGGUUUCCCAGACACUGAUUAAGCUUAGUCCUGAACUAAAACGUCUCUAAAUAGUUGAAUUGAAAUAGCUUUUUAGUAUAUGACCAGGCUUAAACUGUGUCUGGGAAAACAGCCCUAGAUGUAAUGUUUGUUUCCUUACCCAAAAGGUUAAAUGUACUUCCUUUCUCUCCAUCACAGCCACCUAUGAUUUCCUGGCCAUAGAGGAUGCAAGCAAAGACAAAGUGAUGGAUGUGCUGUUUGUCCUGAAGGACUCGGAGGGCAGUCAGAACAUCAGCUGUUUUGACGCAGGUACUAGGAAAGCAGGUCUUACAGUGCCUUCAGAAAGUAUUCACACCCCUUGACUUUUUCCACAUUUUGUUGUUACAGCAUGAAUUUAAAAUGGAUUAAAUCUAGAUUUUUUUGUCACUGUCCUACACACAAUACCCCAUAAUGUCAGUGGAAAUGAAAAGCUAAAAUGUCUUGAGUCAAUAAGUAUUCAACCCCUUUGUUAUGGCAAGCUUAAAUAAGUUCAGGAGUAAAAAUUUGCUUAACAAGUCACAUAAUAAAUUGAAUGGACUCAGUGUGCAAUAAGUGCUUAACAUGGUUUUUGAAUAACUACCUCAUCUCAGUACCCCACACAUACAGAAUAAAAAUAUUCCAAAACAUGCAUCCUGUUUGCAAUAAGGCACUAAAGUAAAACAGCAAAAAAUGUGGCAAAGAAAUAAACUUUAUGUCCAGAAUACAAAGUGUUGUUUGGGGCAAAUCCAACACAACACAUCACUGAUUACCAUUCUUCUUAUUUUCAAGCAUGGUGGUGGCUGCAUCAUGUUAUGGGUAUGCUUGUAAUCGGCAAGGACUAAGGAGGUUUUUAGGAUAACAAUAAAUGGAAUAGAGCUAAGCACAGGCAAAAUCCUAGAGGAAAACCUGGUUCAGUCUGCUUUCCAACAGACACUGGGAGACAAAUUCACCUUUCAGUAGGACAAUAACCUAAAACACAAGACCAAAUAUUAUCUGGAGUUGCUUACCAAGACGACAUUACAUUUUCCUGAGUGGCCUAGUUAGUUUUGAGUUACAUCGGCUUAAAUCUAUGGCAAGACUUCAAAUGGCUUUAUAGCAAUGAUCAACAACCAACUUGACAGAGCUUGAAUAAUUUUUUAAAGAAUGAUGUACAAAUAUUGUCCAAUACAGGUGUACAAAGCUCUUAGAGACUUACCCAGAAAGACUCACAGCUGUAAUCGCUGCCAAAGGUGAUUCUAACAUGCAUUGACUCAGGGGGUUGAAUACUUACAGUGCCUUGCAAAAGUAUUCAUCCCCCUUGGCGUUUUUCUUUAUUUUAUUUUGUUGCAUUACAACCUGUAAUUGAUUUUUAUUUGGAUUUCAUGUAAUGGACAUACACAAAAUAGUCCAAAUUGGUGAAUAAUAAAAAAAUUAAAAGAACUUGUUUCAAAAAAUCCAAAAAAAUAAAUAACGGAAAAGUGGUGUGUGCAUAUGUAUUAACCCCCUUUGCUAUGAAGCCCCUAAAUAAGAUCUGGUGCAACCAAUUACCUUCAAAAGUCACAUAAUUAGUUAGAUUGCACACAGGUGAACUUUAUUUGUCACAUGAUCUCAGUGUAUAUAUACACCUGUUCUGAAAGGCCCCAGAGUCUGCAACACCACCAAGCAAGCGGCACCACCAAGCAAGCGGCACCAUGAAGACCAAGGAGCUCUCCAAACAGGUCAGGGACAAAGUUGUGAAAAAGUACAGAUCAGGGUUGGGUUAUAGAAAAAUAUCCGAAACUUUUAACAUCCCACAGAGCACCAUUAAAUCCAUUAUUAAAAAAUGGAAAGAAUAUGGCACCACAACAAACCUGCCAAGAGAGGGCCGCCCACCAAAACUCACGGACCAGGCAAGGAGGGCAUUAAUCAGAGAGGCAACAAAGAGACCAAAGAUUACCCUGAAGGAGCUGCAAAGCUCCACAGCGGAGAUUGGAGUAUAUGUCCAUAGGACCACUUUAAGCCGUACACUCUACAGAGCUGGGCUUUACGGAAGAGUGGCCAGAAAAAAGCCAUUGCUUAUAGAAAAAAAAUAAGCAAACACGUUUGGUGUUCGCCAAAAGGCAUGUGGGAGACUCCCCAAGCAUAUGGUAGAAGGUACUCUGGUCAGAUGAGACUAAAAUUGAGCUUUUUAGCCAUCAAGGAAAACGCUAAGUCUGGCGCAAACCCAACACCUCAUCACCCCGAGAACACCAUCCCCACAGUGAAGCAUGGUGGUGGCAGCAUCAUGCUGUGGGGAUGUUUUUCAUCGGCAGGGACUGGGAAACUGGUCAGAACUGAAGGAAUGAUGGAUGGCGCUAAAUACAGGGAAAUUCUUGAGGGAAACCUGUUUGUCUUCCAGAGAUUUCAGACUGGGACAGAGGUUCACCUUCCAGCAGGACAAUGACCCUAAGCAUACUGCUAAAGCAACACUCAAGUGGUUUAAGGGGAAACAUUUCAAUGUCUUGGAAUGGCCUAGUCAAAGCCUAGACCUCAAUCCAAUUGAGAAUCUGUGGUAUGACUUAAAGAUUCCUGUACACCAGCGGAACCAUCCAACUUGAAGGAGCUGGAGCAGUUUUGCCGUGAAGAAUGGGCAAAAUUCCCAGUGGCUAGAUGUGCCAAGCUAUAGAGACAUACCACAAGAGACUUGCAGCUGUAAUUGCUGCAAAAGGUGGCUCUACAAAGUAUUGACUUUGGGGGGUUGAAUAGUAAUGCACGCUCAAGUAAUUGAUUUUUGUCUUAUUUCUUGUUUGUUUCACAAUAAAACAAUAUUUUGCAUCUUCAAAGUGGUAGGCAUGUUGUGUAAAUCAAAUGAUACAAACCCCCCAAAAAUCCAUUUUAAAUUCCAGGUCGUAAGGCAACAAAAUAGUAAAAAUGCCAAGAGAGGUGAAUACUUUCGCAAGCCACUGUAUCUAAUCAAAAUAUAUUAAAAUUUUAUUUUUCAUAAUUUAUUUGACAAAUGCCCCCCCCCCAAAAAAAAUACAAUUUAAUGGAUUUUUGUUCCACUUUGUAACACAACAAAAUGUGGAAAAAGUAAAGGCGUGUGAAUACUUUCUGAAGGUGCUGUGGCUUCUUUUGUAGAAUGGUUUCACUGAGAGUCCAGUUAAAGUAGAGGCUGCCAGCCAAAGAUUUCUAGAAGACAGGCUAGACAAGUUUCCUCAAUACAAAGAUACUGUUACCUUUUUCCUACUAAUGAACCUACUGUAAUUGUUCUACGCCAUAUCGUGUCUGCUGUGUCAUUGUAAAACCUGUAGUGUCUGUGAGAUUCAGGUGUGCUUUUUACGUCUUCCAGGUCUGGACACACCUUGUGUGUUUGUGUCGGCGGUAGCCGGGACCAACGGCGAGACUCUGUGGGAGCGGCCCUUGGCCCCUGAGUUCCACUGGGCCCAUUGUGGUCUGGACGGGCUGGGAGAGAUGGACAGAGGCUGCCUGCUGUCCCAUUCCAACCAGCUCACUGCUAUCGACAAAUACACUGGUGAGUGACUUAGAAUGUCGUUUACUCACCUCCAUCUCUACUAACGUCACACUUCAAGCAAUCAUACUUUCUCUCCUCACACCUCUCAUACUGCACAAAUAUGUGCCUUCAUAUCCCACUAUUGCAUAGUUUGGUUGGUGUCUCAUCACUAUUUUGUAACCAGACUCACUUCAAAGAAAAGUGGGACAAACUGUCUUCCUAUUUUUUUUAAUGAUUUCUAAUGGAGGUGGGUUGUAGCUGUGAGUGCAUUCUGAAUAACUGGUAUUUCUGUACAGGAGUGGUGACGUGGUCGUGGCCCCAGCCUCCCAACCUGAGCAGCACCCUACCAGUCCUCAGUGUCCCAGACCUGGAUGGGGAUGGGGUCAGCGACGUGGCUCUGGUGGCCCCCAGCCCAACGCAGGUAAACCUGAAGGGCAUCCUCGUUGUCUCAGGAUAGACUCACUCACCAGCUGUGUGCCUUAUGACACCUGCUCAGACUAGGUUUAUGUUUUCGAUUUCUGCUUUAAAACACUGUACAAUAAUGUUAGAAAAUGUGAGCUUUACAUAUAGAAUGGCAACCUCUGUGCCAGUACCUUUUAACAGAAGACCUCAAGUCAGUUCGUUCUAUUAUUAUGCUUUUCUUUCUAGACACAGCUGGCGAUCCUCUCAGGAAAGACGGGUGUCCAGAUUGGCUCAGAGGUGGUUCUGGACACAGCUGAGAGUGCCAUGCAUCUCCUCCACUCCACAGGGAAAGGCUCCCACUAUGUACUGCUGCAGAAAGGUGAGCAAGCCAUCAUUUACCACAGCAUGCUAGUGAACACAGUUCUUGAUCUGCUGUUAGUGUAUCAUUUAAAAAGCCAAUAACUCACUGACCAAACUAUUGAUCUCAUAACAUUCUAUGUGAUAGAACACAUUGAUUUCAGUCCUACUGUAUGUGACCUAGUGCACCGAUCAGUGAGUUAUCCCACUAUAUUGAUAUAAGGGUCCUAUAUGGCAGGUUGGCAACAGCCCACAGCACAUUGAUCUCAAAUCCAAAUAAAAUAAAAUAGUAUUUGUCACAUGCGCCGAAUACAACCUUAUCCUAAAAUGCUUACUUACAAGCCCUUAACCAACAAUGCAGUUUUAAGAAAAUAGAGUUAAGAAAAUAUUUACAAAAUAAACUAACGAAAAAAAGUAACACAAAAAAAAAAACGACAAUAAAAUAACAAUAAUGAGGUUAUAUACAGGGGGUACCGGUACUGAGUCAAUGUGCAGGGAUACAGGUUAGUCGAGGUAAUUUGUAAAUGUAGGUAGGGGUAAAGUGACUAUGCAUAGAUAUUAAACAGUGAGUAGCAGCAGUGUAAAAACAAACAAAGGGGGGGGGGGGGGGGGGGUGUGUCAAUGCAAAUAGUCCGGGUGGCCAUUUUAUUAAUUGUUCCGCAGUCUUAUGGCUUGGGCGUAGAAGCUGUUAAGGAGCCUUUUUGACCUAGACUUGGCGCUCCGGUACCGCUUGCCGUGCGGUAGCAGAGAUGACAGUCUAUGACUUGGGUGACACCGCCUAGUGUAUAGGUCCUGGAUGGCAGGAAGCUUGGCCCCAGUGAUGUACUGGGCUGUAUGCACUACCCUCUGUAGCGCCUUACUGUCGGAUGCCGAGCAGUUGCUAUACAGGCGGUGAUGCAACCGGACAGGAUGCUCUCGAUGGUGCAGCUGUAUAACUUUUUGAGUAUCUGGGGACCCAUGCCAAAUCUUUUCAGUCUCCUGAGGGAGACUUUCUUGGUGUGAUGACCAUGAUAGUUUGUUGGUGUGGACACCAAGGAACUUGAAACUCUCGACCCACUCCACUACAGCCCCGUCGAUGUGAACGGGGGUGUGUUCAGCCCUCCUUUUCCUGUAGUCCACGAUCAUCUCCUUUGUCUUGCUCACAUUAAGGGAGAGGUUGUUGUCCUGGCACGACACUGCCAGGUCUCUGACCUCCUCCCUAUAGGCUGUCUCAUUGAUGUCGGUGAUCAGGCCUACCACCGUUGUGUCGUCAGCAAACGUAAUGAUGGUGUUGGAGUCGUGCUUGGCCACGCAGUCGUGGGUGAACAGGGAGUACAGGAGGAGACUAAGCACGCAACCCUGAGGGGCCCCUGUGUUUAGGAUCAGCGUGGCGGAUGUGUUGUUGCCUACCCUUACCACCUGGGGGCGGCCCGUCAGGAUGUCUAGGAUCUAGUUGCAGAGGGAGGUGUUUAGUCCCAAGGUCCUUAGCUUAGUGAUGAGCUUUGUGGGCACUAUGGUGUUGAACGCUGAGCUGUAGUCAAUGAACAGCAUUCUCACAUAGGUGUUCCUUUUGUCCAGGUGGGAAAGGGCAGUGUGGAGUGCGAUUGAGAUUGCGUCAUCUGUGGAUCUGUUGGGGCGGUAUGCGAAUUGGAGUCGGUCUAGUGUUUCCGGGAUGAUGGUGUUGAUGUGAGCCAUGACCAGCCUUUCAAAGCACUUCAUGGCUACCGACGUGAGUGCUUCGGGCUGUAGUCAUUUAGGCAGGUUACCUUUGCUUUCUUGUGCACAGGGACUAUGGUGGUCUGCUUGAAACAUGUAGGUAUUACAGACUCGGUCAGGAAGAGGUUGAAAAUGUCAGUGAAGACAUUUGCCAGUUGGUCCGCGCAUGCUCUGAGUACACAUCCUGGUAAUCCGUCUGGCCCCGCAGCCUUGUGAAUGUUGACCUGUUCAUAAAGGUCACAUCGGCUGCGGAGAGUGUGAUCGCACAGUCGUCCGGAACAGCUGGUGCUCUUAUGCAUGCUUCAGUGUUGCUUGCCUCGAAGCGAGCAUAAAAGGCAUUUAGCCUGUCUGGUAGGCUCGCGUCACUGGGCAGCUCGCGGCUGGGUUUCACUUUGUAGUCCGUAAUAGUUUGCAAGCCCUGCCACAUCCGACGAGCAUCUGAGCCGGUGUAGUAGGAUUCGAACUUAGUCCUGUAUUGACGCUUUGCCUGUUUGAUAGUUCGUCUGAGGGCAUAGCGGGAUUUCUUAUAAGCGUCUGGAUUAGUGUCCUUCUCCUUGAAAGCGGCAAUUUAGCUCGGUGCGGAUGUUGCCUCUAAUCCAUGGCUUCUGGUUGGGAAAUGUAUGUACUGUCACUGUGGGGACGACGUCGUCAAUGCACUUAUUGAUGAAGCCGGUGACUGAGGUGGUAUACUCCUCAAUGCCAUUGGAUGAAUCCCGGAACAUAUUCCAGUCUGUGCUAGCAAAACAGUCCUGUAGCGUAGUAUCCGCGUCGUCUGACCACUUCCGUAUUGAGCGAGUCACUGGUACUUCCUGCUUUCGUUUUUGCUUGUAAGCAGGAAUCAGGAGGAUAGAAUUAUGGUCAGAUUUGCAAAUGGAGGGAGAGCUUUGUACGCGUCUCUGUGUUUGGAGUAAAAGUGGUCUAGAGUUUUAUUUUUUUCUCUGGUUGCACAUGUGACACGCUGGUAGAAAUUAGGUAAAACUGAUUUAAAUUUGCCUGCAUUAAAGUCCCCGGCCACUAGGAGCGCCACUUCUGGAUGAGCAUUUUCUUGUUUGCUUUAUACAGCUCGUUGAGUGCGGUCUUAGUGCCUUCGUCGUUUUGUGGUGGUAAAUAGACGGCUCUGAAAAAUAUAGAUGAAAACUCUCUUGGUAGAUAGUGUGGUCUACAGCUUAUCAUGAGGUACUCUACCUCAGGCGAGCAAUACCUCGAGACUACCUUAAUAUUACACAUCGCGCACCAGCUGUUAUUGACAAAUAGACACACACCCCCACCCCUCGUCUUACCGGACAUAGCUGUUUUGUCCUGCCGAUGCACGGAAAACCCAGCCAACUAUAUAUUAUCCGUGUCGUCGUUCAGCCACGACUCGGUGAAACAUAAGAUAUUACAGUUUUUAAUGUCCCGUUGGUAGGAUAGUCUCGAACGGAGCUCAUCCAGUUUAUUCUUGCACGUUGGCUAAUAGAACUGACGGUAGAGGCAGGUUACCCACUCGCCGACGAAUUCUCACAAGGCACCCUGAUCUCCGCCCCCUGUAUUUCCUUAUUUUCUUCAUGCGAAUGAUGGGGAUUUGGGCCUUGUCUAGGAGCAACAUUAUAUCCUUCGUGUCCGACACAUUAAAUAAAAAAUCUUCGUCCAGUUUGAGGUGAGUAAUCGCUGUUCUGAUAUCCAGAAGCUCUUUUCGGUCAUAAGAGAUGGUAGCAUCAACAUUAUGUACAAAAUAAGUUACAAACAAUGCGGAAAAACAUGGAAAAAUAGCACAAUUGGUUAGGAGCCUGUAAAAUGGCAGCCAUUCCCUCCGGCGCCGUUCUUAGUGUGAUGUUAGUGUAAUGUUAUAUAACCAUUGUCACUGCCUCUGUCCCCUCUCCCCAGACUCAGGGUUGUAUGGCCUGGCCCUGUGGAGGAUUGCAGCCCAGGCUAAGGCAGGCAUGGAGAAAGGCCUUAAGAAGGACAAGCACUGGGAGAGCAAAGCCAAUGACUCCUCUGGCCUUGUACCAAUCUAUGAGUAAGAGCAGCAGGUAGAUGCUAAUACACAAUUCUCACGAUGCCUCCGGAUAUCACAACUUGGGGGCAAACGUAACACCAAUAUUGCAACUGUUUAGUGGUUAAAUGAUCAUUUCCUAUGUCCAAUAACCUGGACCAUGGACAGAAAUGAAUUGCUAAUGCUAACAUUGAGGCUUUCCUUUGAUGGUCAUUCCUCCUCUGCAGGUCUGGGUCAUUGAGACAUGUGUUGAUGACAGGAAAGGCAGAGGGUCUCUCCAACCUGCUACUGGUCACUGGGGGCAGUGUGGAGCUGAUGGAUGGCAACAGUCUCAACUCACUGUGGAGGGUCAACAUCAGCACAAUCCUCAGGUAAAAAAACGACAUCACCCGACACACUGAUUGGUUAGCUAGUUAACAUUGUUAGGGAGCUUACUCGAUACACAGUAUUGAAUGGGCUUAUCAGGACUAACAACCUCCUUGUAUUCCUUGACAUUUGUAGUAAAUUACCACGCUCUGAAUUUCUUAUCUAAUGACAACCGUGAUAACCAAUGUAUUUGAGCCAAUGACAUCUACUGAAUGGGAGGGUUUUAAGUAAGUUUCUCCUCUCCACUCAGUGAGCCUUCAUUUGGCCACUUUAACAAAGAUGGGACACCAGACAUAGUGAUCGAGGAGGAAAUUGGUAACGGCAUUAAAAGGGUAAGUUGGGACCAGCUUGGAAGCGUUGGAAUAUAUUCAGCUUAUCUGCUGAGUAUGUCAUGUUUUUCCACUCCUGCAGUAUUUGAAUUGAAUGUGACAUCCAUCCAUGGUCUGUGUGAAUGGUAGGUGGUGAUCCUGGAUGGAAACACUGGGGGAACGCUAUGGGAGGUCAUCCUACUGGCCAGUCCCAACUCACCCAAGCCAGCUUCGGUCAACACCAUCAACUCCUUCUCUGUGUUCAUGUUCUGGGGGGUGAUGCCUUCAGAGGCCAAUUCCACAGUGAGUACAUUGACUUCACAGUGAAUUUAUGAGAACAGAUAAUUUACUGAUCUCCAUGUCGUUACAUCUUACUCUGUGUUCAUGUAACCUUGACUGAGAAUCUGAAGACUUGUCUUAGCUUCCUGAGCUAAUGACUAGGCUUCAGCUCAGUGGGCUAGCACAGUCUUGUGGCAUGCAGGGUUUGAACCGUGGUCAAUCACAUUCACAUCAGUCAUAGUGUUGUUCUCUAGACAUUCUGACCUGUUUCUAAAUGAAUGCUUUCCUCCAGAGCGAUUUGAGUAAGGAGCGGCACUCCUACAUGAUGCACCCCCUCUACUCCACAGUUCUCCUGGAGAAGAGCAACAUCAUAGACCACAUCAUCGCAUUUAAAGGUGAGUUACAUGCUUUAGCAAAACAAUAUUAUUAUGGGGAACAAAUUAACCGUCUAUAUCUAGGUUGUCUGACAACGUUACUACCUCACCUCCCUCACAAAUGCUCAUUGGAGGUCUGAGGGAGGGACCUUCGAUCCUCUACUCCAAUACUCUUUGAGAGGGAGGUGAGGAAUUGAGGAAAAAAGGACUGUGGAUGCAAGGAUUUGACAGCUAGUAAAGUUUUCAGACACCGCCCUAGGCCCGGUUUCCCAAAAGCAUCUUAAGGCUAAUUUCAUUGUUAGAACCUACGUAAGAACAUCUUAACACUUCCAAGAUGUUUCCCAAAACCGUCUUUAUUAACGUUGCACUUGAAAACGCUCAUUAUCUAACGCCUGCCUUAGACCACUCGUAGAAGUGCGUCAUUAGAUCACCGUUUGCCCUCCCGCUUGACUUUAAACACAGAAGAUCUCCAAUAAACAUAGAAGGAAGAUGUCUCUCUGUGACCGCCUAAAACUUAAUAGUUGAAUAUAAUUAGCCUAAAAAGUUUGCAAUGUUAUAAACAAGCAAAGCAAGGAUACAUAAAAAAAUUAAAACCAAAUUAUAUGAUGGCUAGAUUAAAUCAAAUAACAUUUUAUUUGUCACAUGCGCCGAAUACAACAGGUGUAGACCUUACAGUGAAAUGCUUACUUACAAGCCCUUAACCAACAAUGCAGUUUUAAGAAGGAAUACCCCCCCCCCCCCCCCCCCCCCAAAAAAAAGUAACAAAUAAUUAAAGAGCAGCAGUAUAAUAACAAUAGUAAAAUAACAAUAGCGAGGCUAUAUACAGGGGGUACCGGCACAGAGUCUAUGUGCGGGGGCACAGGUUAGUCGAGGUAAUUGAGGUAAUAUGUACAUGUAGGUAGAGUUAUUAAAGUGACUUUUCAGGAGUCUUAUGGCUUGGGGGUAGAAGCUGUUAAGAAGCCUCUUGGACCUAGACUUGGCGCUCCGGUACCGCUUGCCGUGCGGUAGCAAAGAGAACAGUCAAUGACUAGGGUGGCUGGAGUCUUUGAAAAUGUUUAGGGCUUUCCUCUGACACUGCCUGGUAUAGAGGCCCUGGAUGGCAGGAAGCUUGGCCCCAGUGAUGUACUGGGCCGUACGCACUACCCUCUGUAGUGCCUUGCGGUCGGAGGCCGAGCAGUUGCCAUACCAGGCAGUGAUGCAACCAGUCAGGAUGCUCUCGAUGGUGCAGCUGUAGAACCUUUUGAGGAUCUGAGGACCUAUGCCAAAUCUUUUCAGUCUCCUGAGAGGGAAUAGGUUUUGUCGUGCCCUCUUCACGACAGUCUUGGUGUGCUUGGACCAUGUUAGUUUGUUGGUGAUGUGGACACCAAGGAACUUGAAGCUCUCAACCUGCUCCACUACAGCCCCGUCGAUGAGAAUGGGGGCGUGCUCUGUCCUCUUUUUCCUGUAGUCCACAAUCAUCUCCUUAGUCUUGAUCACGUUGAGGGAGAGGUUGUUGUCCUGGCACCACACGGCCAGGUCUCUGACCUCCUCCCUAUAGGCUGUCUCGUCGUUGUACAGGAAGGGACUGAGCACCCACCCCUGAGGGGCCCCCGUGUUGAGGAUCAGCGUGGCGGAUGUGUUGUUACCUACCUUUACCACUUGGGGGCGGCCCAUCAGGAAGUCCAGGAUCCAGUUGCAGAGGGAGGUGUUUAGUCCCAGGGUCCUUAGCUUGGUGGUGAGCUUUGAGGGCACUAUGGUGUUGAACGCUGAGCUGUAGUCAAUGAAUAGCAUUCUCACAUAGGUGUUCCUUUUGUCCAGGUGUGAAAGGGCAGUGUGGAGUGCAAUAGAGAUUGCAUCAUCUGUGGAUCUGUUGGGGCGGUAUGCAAUUUUGGAGUGGGUCUAGGGUUUCUGGGAUAAUGGUGUUGAUGUGAGCCAUGACCAGCCUUUCAAAGCACUUCAUGGCUACAGACGUGAGUGCUACGGGUCGGUAGUCAUUUAGGCAGGUUACCUUAGUGUUCUUGGGCACAGGGACUAUGGUGGUCUGCUUGAAACAUGUUGGUAUUACAGACUCAGACAGGGAGAGGUUGAAAAUGUCAGUGAAGAUACUUUCCAGUUGGUCAGCGCAUGCUCGGAGUACACGUCCUGGUAAUCCGUCUGGCCCUGCGGCCUUGUGAAUGUUGACCUGUUUAAAGGUCUUACUCACAUCGGCUAAUGAGAGUGUGAUCACACACUCUUCCGGAACAGCUGAUGCUCUCAUGCAUGUUUCAAUGUUAUUUGCCUCGACGCGAGCAUAGAAGUAAUUUAGCUCGUCUGGUAGGCUCGUGUCACUGGGCAGCUCACGGCUGUGCUUCCCUUUUGUAGUCUGUAAUAGUUUGCAAGCCCUACCACAUCCGACGAGCAUCGGAGCCGGUGUAGUACGAUUUGAUCUUAGUCCUGUAUUGACGCUUUGCCUGUUUGAUGGUUCGUCGGAGGGCAUAGCGGGAUUUCUUAUAAGCUUCCGGGUUAGAGUCCCGCUCCUUGAAAGCGGCAGCUCUACCCUUUAGCUCAGUGCGGAUGUUGCCUGUAAUCCAUGGCUUCUGGUUGGGGUAUGUAUGUACAGUCACUGUGCAGUUAUUGAUGAAGCCAAUGACUGAUGUGGUGUACUCCUUUUUUCCCUCUGGUUGCACAUUUAACAUGCUGGUAGAAGUUAGGUAAAACGGAUUUAAGUUUCCCUGCAUUAAAGUCCCCGGGCCACUAGGAACGCCACCUCUGGAUGAGCGUUUUCCUGUUUGCUUAUGGCCGUAUACAGUUCAUUGAGUGCGGUCUUAGUGUCAGCAUCGGUUUGUGGUGGUAAAUAGACGGCUACGAAGAAUAUAGAUGAAAACACUCUUGGUAGAUAGUGUGGUCUACAGCUUAUCAUGAUAUACUCUACCUCAGGCGAGCAAAACCUCGAGACUUCCUUACAUAUCGUGCACCAGCUGUUGUUUACAAAUAUACAUAGACUUUCACCCCUUGUCUUACCAGAGGCUGCUGUUCUAUCCUGCCGAUACAGUGUAUAACCCACCAGCUGUAUGUUAUUCAUGUCUUCGUGCCAAGACUCGGUGAAACAUAAGAUAUUACAGUUUUUAGUGUCCCGUUGGUAGGAUAUACGUGCUGUUAGUUUGUCCACUUUAUUAUCCAGCGAUUGUAUGUUGGCCAAUAGUACCGAUGGCAAAGGCAGAUUAGCCUUAUCAGGCACCCCGAUCUCCUUCCAAGAUAUCUCUGUCUCUUCCCCCUGUGAAUGACGGGGAUGAGGACCCUGUCGGGUGUCUGGGGGAAAUCCCUGUCGUCCGACUCGUUAAAGAAAAAUUAUUCAAGGUGAGUAAUCGCUGUUCUGAUGUCCAGAAGCUAUUUUCGGUCAUAAUAGACGGUAGCAGCAACAUUAUGUACAAAAUAAGUUAGAAACAAUGCGAAAAAAACAAACAAAAUAGAAACGGUUAGUUAAGAACCCAUAAAACAGCAGCCAUUCCCUCCGGCACCAUUUCAAAAAGGCUACAUAUUGACAUCACUUUCAUGUAUGUGCAAUCGAUAGACCUACCAAGUACUAAGCCGAUUCAAUAUUUGUAGCCUAUAGGCUACUAUUAUCUCAAAGCUCACGCAUUUCACUAUCGCUUAACCAAUAACCUAAAGAUCAACAUAUUGGGUAAAUGGCAACGUCGCUUAACUUGUAGCCUAGGCUAGGCUACUUCAAGUUUAAUUAUAGAAUUUUAGAAUAUCUAUAGGCCUACUUAAAGCUCAAUACCUGCCUGCCAUUAGGCUACGAUGAUUUGUCGAGCAAUUACGAAAAUCAUGAUCCUAUUUUUAGGUCACGUUGAUAUUUUCUAAACAGCGAACGACUUUGGCUCAAUUCAUUCUUGCUCACAGUUGACACAAACUGAAGAAAUGCAAAAUGUACAUAAACAUUGCAUACAAAAUAGCACUAGAAAACACUUAGAAUACAUAACACAUGGAAAACCCACAUGAAUAAUAGGCUACAGAACAUGUAUUAUCUUGAUGGGAAAACUGUAUUGUAUAAAAAAGAUGACAUACAUUUAAGAGGUACAGGGAGCUCUUUAGCCUAUAUAUUCUGGAAUCGUUUUCAGCACUGGACAGCUCCAGUAACGACACAGUUAAGUUUCACUUUGUAACGAGUGUGCUGCGUGGUGUUUUGGGAAACGGGUGUGUCAUCUUUUACGACACAUCCGUUAAAACAUUCGUAAGCCUAAGUUCCAUUGCCAUCGGGAAACCGGGCCCUAGUCUACUGUACUUCCGGAUAAUGACUGUUCUCUGUGUGGUAAAUGACUUGUUGUCUAUGUGUUUCCUGCCUGUACCAGCCACCCUGUUGGAGCGGGGGCGUCACGCCUGCUACAUCCUGCUUACGGGGCCCGAGGGGGAGGGGGCCGAGGGUACGGUGGUCCUCAGCAAGCGCAAGCUGAAACAAGACGUCCCCGACAGCCGGGUCCUCCGAAUGGGCUCCAUGAGCAGCAAAGACACUAACGAGGACAUCAAAGAGGCCUUCCAGAGACUGCGCUUCAGUGACGAGUGA